GAAGAAGAGGUUGGGUUCAUUCAUCGCCUCCUCUUUCUGUCAUUCUUAAUCAUGUCAAGCUUUGUGUAUAUGAUUGUGUAAAUAUUUUGUAUAUGUGUAUUUGUGCAUGAAACUAUUGCAUUUUAUCAAUUAAAUAUAGUUAUCAAUUCAACGACAACCUUAAAGUGUAGCAAUUUCGUGAAGUUGCCUCGAAACAUGUUAAAUGGACCGUAAUACAAUUAUUUUUUACUCUAAACCGGUAUAAGAUGAACUUUUGCUCUAAAAUGUUGUGUAUUUAGAGUGAGGAAAUUAAUUACUUCUCUCGUCAAGCUCAGAACAAAAAAGGAUGUUAUAAAGUAGCAUGAGCGUAUAAAAUUUACGAAGACAAUUGCCAUUUAUGAAGUUGUAUCUACAAGUGUUAUUUAACCAUGAACAAAACAGUGUUUGUUCCCGUCUUAGUUGUAUUAUUUUCUUUGGCAUCAAUAUUAUGUCAAGAAUACGAGGACGAUGAGGAUUAUGAGGAUAUAUCUAAUAUAAAUUCUACAUCAAACGGUUCUUUGACUUUUAUCACGAAAUUGUCAAAUGUCACACGUAAUGUAGGCAAAGCAGCUAAAUUCGUAUGCGAAGUAAAAAACUUGGAUACAAAUCACACCAAUUCUAAAGUAUCAAUUAGCUGGCGACACCUCGUACCCGUGGAAACCAAUGAAAAAUAUAAAAUUGCAAAUAAGCACAAAGAGAAUUUGUAUACUUCAACUUUAAGAAUAUUAAAUUUAGAGUAUUUCGAUAGAGGAUUUGUUGAAUGUAUAGCAAGAAAUGGAAUAGAAAAAAUUAGGUCUGUUAGUUAUUUGGAAAUAAAUCAGGAACCAAAUAAAUAUGGUAGUACUGUUAUUAAUUCAUUGAAGACUGAAAACAGCGAUCUAAACAGUUAUGGAGAAAUUACAACAUUUGUACCCAACAGUAUCGCAAAAGAUAGACACAAUGAUUUUUUAACUACAGUAGGUAGCAAAUCUAAAACAUUUUCGGCACCAAUUCAAUUUGAUUUGGAUUCAAGUGGUAAACUACCAGAAAAUGUACCUAAACCUUAUAACAGUUCACAACCGUUAUGUCAACUUUACGUUGGACAAAAAUGCAGGAAACACCUAGCUGGGAAGUUUGUUUUUGUUCAACCACCAUAUUCUCAAAAAGACAUUGAGGAUAAAUUAGAUGCUGCAUUUUUAGUAAUUUCACAAUCGAAUGAUAUAUCACCUAUCUGCAGUAAAUUCGCUGAACCGAGUGUUUGUUUUUCGGCAUUUCCUUUGUGUAUUGACCAUGAACAAAUUGACGAAUACCAUACACAACAUUUCUCAGAACUUAGCAGUUUAACGAGCGACAACAAACAGAAAUUCAAGAAUAUACGCACAAAAUUGACAAAUUCACUUAGAAGAAUAUGCAGAGAUGAAUGUUUAUUAUUGGAAAAUGAACUUUGUAGCAAAGAGUACAGCAUUGCCAAAAGACAUUUAGUUAUAAGUCAAAUUAUGGAAUUAGAAGUUUGUGAGCAACUGCCAACAGAAGUCGACAUCAGUUCUAAACAUUGUCUUACUCUUGGUGUUGGUGAACUUAACGUAGAUAGAGAGGAAGAAUGUUAUUGGGAUACUGGAAAAUUAUACAGAGGAGUCCAAGAUAAAUCAUACACUAGUAAACCCUGCCUUAGAUGGGCACAUCAAUUUCAUAUUUCUACUUCGGAUAAUCCCGAAUUGGCAGGUCACAAUUAUUGUAGGAAUCCAAAAGAAUUAGAAAAAGAACCCUUUUGUUAUAUUGACCAAAAUCAAAGAGAAGUAUGUGGAGUAAAUAAGUGUGUUUAUGUAUUUGGUACAUACAUUGGAGGCUCGAUAGUGGCUCUUAUUGCAGUUGUAGCUGCUUUCGCAUACUGUUAUUGUAAUAGAAAAAACAAACUUACAAGAAAUCUUCAAAACAAGGAUUUACCGCAAGUUAGUAAGAAUAUUUACGGUAGUCCAGGUCCCAGUGCCCCAAUGGAAUUGAACUCUUUACUACCGCCUCACCUUCCUCCCCAUAGAAGUAAUCACGGAUCUAACAAAAACAGUAUUCAAUCAGUGCCUCACUAUACUUUUAAAGAAGUCAGAUUUUUAGAAGAACUUGGAGAGGGAGCUUUUGGAAAAGUUUAUAAAGGUGAACUCAAAGCGAAGACUGGUAAAAUGUUUGUAGCUGUUAAAUCAUUAAAAGAAAAUGCCAGUGCUAAAACUCAGGCAGAUUUUCAACGAGAAAUUGAAUUGAUAUCAGAAUUAAAGCACCCUAAUAUCAUAUGUCUAUUGGGUGUUGUUGUGAAACAAGAACCAAUGUGUAUGUUAUUUGAAUAUAUGUCUGAGGGGGAUUUACAUGAGUUUUUAAUAUCAAACUCUCCCGAAGAAGGGAAAUGCUUAACACACAAUCAAUUCUUAGAUAUAGCAAUUCAAAUAGCACAAGGUAUGGAGUACCUUUCUUCAAAUCAUUAUGUACACAGAGACUUAGCAGCGAGAAAUUGCCUUGUAUCCAAAGAUUUAGUGGUUAAAAUUAGUGAUUUUGGAUUAAGUAGAGAUAUGUACAGUUGCGAUUAUUAUCGUGUACAAUCCAAAUCACUGUUACCCGUUAGGUGGAUGCCACCUGACUCUAUAUUGUAUGGAAAAUUUACUACUGAAAGUGAUGUUUGGUCAUAUGGAGUAGUUUUAUGGGAAAUUUAUAGCUACGGAUUACAACCUUAUUAUGGUUAUAAUAAUCAAGAAGUUAUAAAUAUGAUAAGAUCAAGAAAAUUAUUACCUUGUCCAGACGCUUGCCCUAGUUAUUGUUAUGCUCUUAUGGUAGAGUGUUGGGCAGAACAAGCAAACAGAAGACCAAAUUUUAGCGAAAUUGUACAUAGAUUAAAAAUUUGGCGACAAAGUGGAUCUACAAAUGGAGCAUACUUUAAAACAGCUCCUACGCCACAGAAAUAUAGUCAAAGUUUAAAAUCGAAUCAUACGUCUGAUUCUCAAUCUGGAUGUCCUGGAGAUAUUCAGAUGUCUUUUACCUGGGAACGGGAUCGGCACAAACCUACAUCGAGUAGGUUAAAUGAUAGUCAAAGCAGUUUAACGUCACGGUCUUCAAGUUUGGGCAACACAACACAAAGUACAGUAAUAAGCAACGAAAUUCAUAGAGAAAAACGUCCAAAGAAGAGUAUUGAUUCUUUAGAUAGGCUUAAUCCCAAAAAUACAGUUGUAAGCAGUAGCGGUAAUGGUGACGGAGUUGAAACUAAAAUUACGUUGUAAAUAUUUAAAAUGAUUAUUAAUACAUACCGUUAUUGAAUUUAAAAAAUAUCCAUUAUUACAUUUUGUCUAAGUAACUAAUUUUAUAAAGAACCAACAAAAAUCAUGAAUCUCUAUAGUAUUUAUUAUUCAAAAUUUGUUUGCCUAUACCAAUAUGGUUUUUUGUGGUGAAAUAUUUUUUAAUUGAAGUAUAGAUUAUUUCAGAAACAGAAUCGUUUUUAUAAUAAUUCGAAUAUUAUAUUGAAUGUAAGCAAUACGCGAAUUAUUACCUUUUCUUUCAAAAUUUCAUUUUUAAAAACUAUAUUAACACAACGUUACAAUUUUUUGAAUAAAUUACAUUAAUCUCAAACGAUUGAAUUAACUAAAUUCAUUAAUGAAUGAAUUAAAAGGUUUUUACAACAAUUCCUAUUUAUAUUGAAAUAAAUGUUGAUUUAGUAUUUAUGAAAUAUAAUCUUUUUAUGUUUUAAUUUUUGAAGUAGUCCGGAUUUUCUAGAUGCAACUCGUUUAGGUAAAAAAUAGUUCACACAAAAAAUCGUUCACUAGUAACAAUAUACAAAUAAUGAAUUUGGAAAUGUUUUCAUGUAUUUUCACCAGCGUCAGAUUAAGGAGCUAGCGGGGCGGAAGCCCCAGGCUCCGUGUUAGUAGGGGCCCCGCAAAAUUUUAUAUCAUUUAUGGAAUGAGAUUUGAAUUUAUUUUUACUUUUAAUUUAUAUUCACUUUGAAACUAAUAUAUUACAUUUAAAAAAGUUAGAGCUGAUUUGGAUUUCCUUAAGUGGGCCUCUGUUCAAUUUUAGCCCCAGGCCCCACUACUUUUUAAUUCAACGCUGAUUUUCACUGUUUUCUGUUCACUUUGUUUAUUUUUGUUUUGGUUCUUUAAGAACAUUGAAUACAUUCAGUCACUCUUCGCCAAAAAUUGUAUACAACAAUUUAUUUUAAAUCAUAUUUUUUUAUCAACUUUAUAAAAGUAUGUAUAUUAAUGGGUCAUUGUUAUUCAUUGAUUCAAUCUAAAUAUAUGUUAUCUAUUUAAACUUCAUGUGUAAUUGUUGGACUUGUUUAAGUUAUUGGGAUUUAUACCAAAGAAGUCAAUAUAUAUUUUGCAAUGUAUGUAGCUAAUAAGCACGAUACAAUAUCACACUAUAUAUUUUAAAUUCAAUUUCUUAUAGUUUUUCAAAGGAAGUGUCAAUUAAAAAAGAAUCAUAGCAGUGAUGCACCCGUAAUUCAUGAGUUUGCCUCCCCUAAUCAUUAAAAUUAGUGAGAGGAUAAGUUUGAUAGUCCUUGCACAUAUGACGAUCUGUGUCGACGUGAAUAUCUUAAACUACUGGUAGUAUUUUUCUGGAAAUUUGUGUAUAAACAUUACCUGGGACUCUUUUGAGUUCAAAUAUCACUAUCACAACUUCUUUUUAUACAAGAUGUGGAUCUUAACUGUUUCGAACAACCUAGUUGUAGAUUUACCCAGUGAUGUUGCCUCUUAGAGGCCAGUACCUUAGUGUCUAUCAUCUAAAACUCUACCACGUGCUCCAAUGGACAUCUUCUAUAAAGGAUAUUAACUUGACAUAAAACAGGUUUUUAAAAUUUCAAAAUUACAUUCCAAAAUAAUCCACAAUCAUUAUUAUGAUAUAUAACUCUUCUAUUUUCUAACUGAAUUUCAUCAUUACCAUAGACUUUUUUGAAAUUAAUUUGCGGAUCAUACGCUGAAACCGAUGUUAAUCGACACAGCUCGUCGAACCAGUUCAGGAAAUACAAAAAUCACAACGUGAGUCCGAAAAAUCUCCCUAACUGUUAGUUUAUAAAUAAAUUCAAAUAAAGAAGUAUUAAUCAAAACAAGCACCUUAUUCAUUUCCACUAUUGUUGUUAGCUAAAAAUUGAAUAUAUACUGACUCCUUUUAAAAAAAAUAUUGAUUUAGUUAAUUCAUCUAAACAUAAAUGCUCUCAUUAUUUUUAAAAAAUGGGAUAAUUUCGAUUCAUUUGCAUAUUUCUUUACAUUAAAGGGGUUGUAACAUCACCUGGGGUUCCUAUAAAGUGAAGAAGUCUCUGAAAGUAUAACUGAAUCAUUGGAAGUGUUGGUGGUAUAAUAUCUUCAUUACCACAGUUGUGAAUACACACUUCAUCUUUGAAUUUAGGGUCAUACUAUUUCUGAGUGUCACAUAUACUUUUUGUUGCGACUAUAGUUGGAAUGAAAUAUUAUCUUGAGGAAGCAAGUCAAUUACGCACGUCGUGAGUAGUAUUCUCGCCCAUGCAACAAAACAGUGAGAAUCCGAAUUUAUCCAGGUUCUUUGUAUAUGCUCCAACAAACAUAGAAUCUCUCUUUUUGUAAAUAUCAUUAAAAACAUAUCUUAACAGUUUAUUGUAUAUAACAUUCAAUUGUUUUGAAUUUUAUUCUCUUUGUUUUCAUAUUUUAAACCGUUGUUUAUAAUUUUGGUGUUUUUUGCCAUUUUUUGCACAAGAAAAUUACACUUUAAUUUUUUGAAAUCACAACAUUUAUGUUCCUUAUAAAUAAGUAUACUUUAAAUUUUGCAAUGGGAGGAUUGGAUUGCAUUAAAUCAUCAUCAACUAUUUUAGUUAUAAUCAGAAAAUUAUAUGAAACUGAAAGACUCAUCCUUCAAAUACUGUUGGUGUUGUUAUCGAUUGGAGUGGUGAUAGAGGUUCGCAUUAUACUAUUCAAUUAGUUUCAUACAAAUAUAUGGCAGCUCAAACUAAAAAAAUUUAUAGUAAUUGUAUUUUUGUAAAUAGUUUAGUAAUUACAGUCCUAUUAUGCCAAAUUUUUUAUAUAAUAUUAAUUAAUGAUGUACCAAGUUUCCUUGUUUUAUGGUUUGUAUGUUUUAUUUUUUGCUAAGUUUUUAAAUGUCAACAAAUAUUUAUAAAACUAUACUGUGUGUUUGUGUGAUUUUAUAUUAUAAAUAAAUGUAACAUUAUUAUUAAA